AUGUUUGCACAACCCAAAGGGACCGGUUCUGCAUUGCGUGUAGUGUCCAAAGUGCCAGAAGAAGCGCUUUCGUACACGAAUUUGGUUUAUGUUGAUGAAAAACUACAUAAAUCACUUGAAUUUCACAGAAACAGCGCCUUUGUGACGAUUAAAGGAUACAUUUUUUGUGCAAAAUCCCACCCCAAGGCUUCUACUCGGGAAAUAUUCAUAGGUGGUUGCAUACGUACUCUUCUAAAAGUCCAAUUAGGGGAGACAAUCACAAUAUCACCACUUUCCCCUGAAUUGCUGACAUCCAUCACCGCAGCAGACAUUCUUAUCUUUUCCGUAUCAUUAUUCACCAAAUCCUCAUCAAAAAUUUUGUGUACAACCCAAGAAUUGGAGGCCCAAUGUAAAACGUUGUUGAAUGGGCAUAUUCUGCAUUUGUCUCAGACGAUACCAUUUAAGAUUCAUGAUCAGCAGAUCAAACUGACGGUUAUCGGGAUAACUAGUACUAGGAAUGAUGAAAAAUCAUAUGUGUUAAAAGCUUUAGUGACAAACGGCACUGAAUUUAACUUUGAUGACUUGAAUUCAAACGUUGGAAUAUUUAAAACAAAUUUCUGUUUUGAGGAGUUGGGCAUCGGUGGGUUGGAUAGCGAAUUUGACACGAUAUUCCGUAGAGCGUUCAUUUCCCGUACCUACCCCUUACCCAUCCUAAGACAGUUAGGCAUAUCACAUGUCAAAGGUUUGAUUCUUUAUGGACCCCCAGGCACUGGCAAAACAUUGAUAGCUCGACAAAUAUCUAAGGCACUUAAUUGCUCUAAGCCCAAGAUUGUCAAUGGCCCAGAGAUUAUGAGCAGAUAUUUUGGCCAAUCAGAGGAGAAUGUGCGAGAGUUAUUCAAGGAUGCAGAGGCUGAAUAUCAAAAGAAAGGGGACAUGUCGAGCCUGCAUAUAAUUAUCUUUGAUGAAAUCGAUUCUAUUUGUCAACGUCGUGGCAUGGACAACUCUGGAACUGCUGCGAGAGAUUCCAUUGUUACCCAACUACUUUCUAAAAUAGACGGAGUGGAUUCGCUAAACAACAUAUUACUGAUUGGAAUGACGAACAGAAUUGACAUGAUUGACGACGCUUUGCUAAGGCCUGGAAGAUUUGAAGUACAAAUUGAAAUUGGCCUACCGAAUGAGCAAGGCCGCCAAGACAUCCUAAAAAUACACACCAAAACUAUGUGUGAGUCAAAACGCAUAGCACAAGACGUGGAUUUGAAGGAAAUUGCUAGCAAAACCAAAAAUUUCACAGGUGCAGAACUUGAGGGACUAAUAAAAGCUGCCGUCUCAUUCGCUUCCAAAAGGCAUAUAGAUCCGGAUAAUCCUUCAGUGCCCAAGGAUAUUGAGAAUAUAAUAGUGCAGCGAAGUGAUUUUUUGAAUGCAUUAGAGGAUGUCACACCUGCAUUUGGCGCAGGUUCAUCUGACCUUAAUGCGUGUCUCGUACAUGGUAUAAUUCCAUAUGGCACUAAAUUUGUUACUUUGUUCAACAAUUUGACGAAAUAUGCCCAGAAGAUUGUGAAAUCUACAAAAAUACCAUUGCUUAGCGUUUUGUUACAGGGCACAGUGGGUUCUGGCAAAACGGCAUUAGCUGCUCAUAUGGCAAUUGAGUCUAAUUUCCCAUUUGUCAAGCUUAUAUCGCCGGAUCAAUUUAUCGGUCUGUCUGAACUAUCCCGUGUUAAUGCCAUAUCCAAAGUGUUUGAUGAUGCCCACAAAUCACCCUUAUCUUUAGUCAUUUUAGAUGGUAUUGAAAGAUUGAUUGAAUAUUCCCGUGUGGGACCUAGGUUCAGCAACACAAUUUUACAAUCCCUUCUUAUACUGAUUAAGAAACCUCCUCCGAAUGGGAGACGUAUUUUUAUUGUGUGCACAACUGGAGAGGAGGAAUUCAUGCGUGAUAGCAAAAUCUACGAUUCCUUCAACGCAGUACUAACGGUACCCCUGGUAUGUGGGAGUGAGGAGUUGUCAUUUGUGUUGAGUGAGCUUAGGAAGGAAGAGGGAGACCUGCCACCCAAUGAGAUUCAGAAGAUAGUUAACCAUGGGAAGAUUGCGAAAGUAGGCAUUAAGCAUCUGAUAAUUGCAGUGGAGAUGGCAGCGGAAAAGAAGGAAUUCGACAUGAUUACUGCUGAGGACUUUUUCUCGGCAAUUGACGAUUGCCCCCUAGACUAUUACUAUAACCAUUCAUUUUGA